AUGACCACCACCACCACCACCACCCAACUCGACUUCUCCCUCUUCCACAGCUCCAACCCAGCAGUCCGCGCUGCCUUUUGCAAGAAACUGGUAUCCCAGCUCCAACAAAAUGGUUUCGCGAGAUUAACCAACCACGGCGUUCCUGCGUCGGAAAUCGACAAGGCUUUUGAGACUUCCAGACACUUCUUCCACCUCCCCCUCCCCCUCAAACUCCUCUCCCCGCACCCUCCCACCGUCCAUCCACACCGUGGCUACUCCGCCUUUGGGAUCGAGAACGUUUCCGCCGCUUCUGCAACCCUCCUCUCUUCCUCCCCGACAGCAGUCCCGAAACUUCUAAAAGACAUGAAAGAAUCCUACGACAUCGGAUCCCCCUCCGACCCGCUUUACGGCAACAUCUGGCCUCCCCCCGCCCAGGUGUCGUACGGUGAUGAGUUCAGAAAAGCGAUGGAGGGGUUUUUUGGUGUUUGUUAUAAUGCGGAACUGGAUGUUUUGGAGGCUAUUUCUUUGGGGUUGGGACUCAGACAAGAAGGGGGCUUGAAAGGAUUGCAUAGAGAUGGAACGAAUGAGUUACGGUUGACGCAUUAUCCUGCUGUUAGGGUGGGGGAGUUUGGGUGUGCGUCUGAGGGGAACGGGAAAGGGGAGACGGGGAAAGGGAAUAAGGAAGCAAAAACGAGGAUAGCGGCUCAUACGGAUUUUGGGAGCGUGACGUUGUUAUUUCAGGAUAGUGUUGGGGGACUUCAAGCAGCAAUCCCCCCGAAAUCUUCCAACUUCAUCGAGAUCGAAUCAGGAAACCCGCACGAGAUCAUCCUUUUGGUAGGUGACUCCCUCGAGAAGUUGACGGGUUUGCCGGCUUGUAGACAUCGGGUGCAUUUACCUGAUGCGCUGAAGACCGAAGGAGAAGAAGAAGAAGAAGAAGAAGAGGAAGAGGGUGAAGUAGAGGCAAGGUUCAGCAUUGCGUACUUUGGCAAGCCGGACAGGGAGGCGAGUUUGAGGCCGUUGGUAGAAGGGUUGGUCAGGGAAGGGGUGGAGAAGUACAUGACGGCGGGGGAGUUUCAGGAGAUGAGGAUUCAGGGGACUUAUUAG